GGCGUCUUUUUUUUUCCGCGGUGCAUGACGAGUUCCGUAAAGUCGUAACUGUUUCAGACGCAAAUAGCUGGUUUUGUCUUAGCUCUAAAACGUUUGUCAUUUUUUCUUCUUUCGACAAAACCUUAUUGUUCUCGUGUUAUGAGGUUGUAGGUAAGCUAUCUAGCAAGUUACUUUAAGCGUGCUAAGUCGUGUUAUAUAUAUAUAUAUAUAUAUAUGCAUAGUAGCUAAUAGCUAACAGCUAGUGUAGCUAAGAAACUUUGACAGUUAAGGAGUUAAAACGGCGCUAGCUAUAUUUAUUAGUAAACUUGGCUAAGUAUGAGCUGCUGCUUGUAAAAGUUACUUGUUUAGGUUCGAGGAUCAGAAAGGUGGGCCUCUUGCUUUACCCUUAGACUAGUUCAUUGAAGGAGUGUCCGCUUUAAAGCUCCAUGCCAAAUGGCCAAGAAAACCUAUGAUUUGCUGUUUAAACUCCUGCUUAUUGGAGAUUCAGGAGUUGGCAAAACCUGUGUGUUGUUCCGGUUUUCGGAUGACGCGUUCAACACCACGUUUAUCUCAACAAUCGGAAUCGAUUUCAAGAUCAAGACAGUUGAACUAAAUGGCAAGAGGAUCAAACUUCAGAUAUGGGAUACAGCUGGACAGGAGCGCUUUCACACCAUCACAACCUCUUACUACAGAGGCGCCAUGGGGAUCCUGCUGGUCUAUGACAUUACCAACGCUAAAAGCUUUGAGAACAUCAGCAAAUGGCUACGGAACAUCGAGGAGCAUGCAAAUGAGGACGUGGAAAGAAUGCUGCUUGGCAACAAAUGUGAUAUGGAGGACAUGCGUGUGGUGUCUAAAGCAAAGGGAGAACAGAUUGCGGCAGAGCACAACAUCCGCUUCUUUGAAACAAGCGCAAAAGCAAACAUAAACAUUGAAAAAGCUUUCCUCACACUCGCUGAGGACAUUUUGCAAAAGACCCCUGGAAAGGAGCCGACUAACGAAAACGUCGACAUGAACAACAGGAGCAGCUCUGCAGGAGGGGUCAGGUGUUGCAGUUGAACAGACGUUUCACUGCAUUGCUUCCAAAAACCCUCACACCAUUUACAAUGCACAAAAUCUGAUGUUACGUCUAUGUUAACCUAAAUGCCCGUUAUGCUGGACAAGACCUUUAUUUUUCACUGUACUUUAACUAUUGAACCCAUGUAAAAAUCCAACCUAGAAUUUCCCCCUUUUUCUGUAAGUAAUAUCCAAUCAGUCAGGACCUUUGUUACUGUAGUGACCAUCUGACAACAGCACUGUGUACAGGGAAACCAAGUAAAAUAAUCCCACACUUAUUGAGAAAUAUAAAAGGGACACGUAACACUUAACAUUCAAAGUGACGACGAAUUCUGAUUGUGCCUUAAUGCCUUUUAGAAAUAGGAGAGCUUAGUUUAUUGAACAGUUUUUGGAAAGUGUUUGAAUUACUGAACUGUGAAUGAGUGUUUUAUGUGACACUUCCCCUUAGAACAUUCAAGGUUGUGCCUUAUGACCCGCGGCAACGAAGUCAGACUCUGUCAAAGGCUGUUCUGUUAUUCCACGGUGUCGCGUUUUAAUGCAGCCAGUGCACGCACAAUGCCUGUAAAUGUACAGACUGACCCGAUUGCCAUGCUCUUUAUUGUAUUAAUAACUUGCAUGCCAGUUAGCCUAAAGAGUCAGUGUAAGUCCUCACAUUCAACCCAUUCACGUCAGCCCCAAUUGUUUGGUUCUAAGUACUUAUUUUCUUUAAGGAUGAGCUAUAAAUAAUUAUAUGCACUUGUUUGAUGAACAAAUGCUGCUCAGUCCCCUUGAUGUUUUAUCUAAGAUUCUGCACUUUAGGGGCUAUAUGCUGAACAUGUCAGUCCCAGAUGCAAAGGUCUUUAUUGGGCAUAUGUGUGCGAUUUUAGGCUUAUGAAAUGAUCUAUGCCUAUUACCAUGUUUGUUUAAAUUGCUGCUCUUUGGUAUUUUUUCCUUUCUAGGAUUUUGGUUUUAGCAUGCGUCACUUCCCUGUCCUUUCCAGCAUUCGUUUUUGAUUUGAAUUUCCAUUAGACAAUUGCUGUGAGGUUGCACAGGACCUUUUGGUGAUGGUGAGGGGAAGUUCUAAAUACACUUGUAUUUCCAAGCAGUGAUUUAUGAUAUACUAACCGUACAGGUAUUUCAACAUGUAAACCUUUUGGUUGUUAAUGAAUUUUUGAGUGGAUUUUCUGUUUCUUCUUAAUAUUCUCCUAAACAGGCAUUACUAGUACUCAGUAAGUGUUGACUGGUGUAUCUUGGCUUUCUCUCUAAAUCUAAAUAACAGCUUUAUUAUAACUUCUUACUGAUAUAUUUAGCACUUUUUUACUGAUGAAUUUAAGUACACUAGUUCACGGCGAGAUGACUUGAAAAUUAGUUGUAAAGGUGGACAUUGGCGGUUCUAAAUCAAAACACGGGAUGGAACACUACUACUUGGCUAGUAAAUACAUACGUUUCCUGAUAUGUAGUGUUUUAAAGGUCUAAACUGAGGAUGGCCAGUGUCCACCUUUCUGACCUUGAACUGACCUUGGUUUACAUUUGAAUAACUGAUUCUGUAAUAAUGGAAAAUCAGAGUGAUGAAUAAAAUGUUUCUUGAACUAGAAGACUUAAUAGCAUGCCCUUUUCUGCUCACAGAAUUGUGUAUAGUUAAAAUUUUAAAAAAGGGAGUGAUGGGUUUUGGAUGGUAGAUUCAUAGUGCAAUAAACUCACUUUUCAAAAACA